CAAUACAAAUUAAUCACCUUAAAAUCCUAUAAUUAAUAUGAAGUGUCAUUUAUCCAACCCUUGUAGAGGUAGUCAUGCUAUCUCACCCCAUUCAUGAAACUAGAUUAAAAACAGAUAACAUUGAAAUCACAUAAUUUUUUUGAGGUGUUACACUUGGGUGUUUUUCUGUAGCUACAAAUAUUGGAUACAUAUGUAAAAUAGGAUCUAGGAGUAGUAACAAAUAUAUACAAGUUGGAUCUUGGAGAUGUGAAUGGGAUGCACAUGCGGUGAAGGUAAUGAUAAAAUCAUAAAACAGGGGGUCGACCGAGUCCGACCAUGAGGACUGGUUUUCACAGGCACAGCACCUGGUUUUCACUGGCAGCAGGAGACUUGUGUUGUGGGAUGAAAGGACCGAUCAAACAACGUGUCGCUUGAAUAAUAUGGACAUGCAAAAUGACUUUGGAGGUGGAAUGGAACUCCUCCUUCCUGUCAAAGUUUCAAUGAUGCUCUUUAGGCGUCUUAACGGGAAAUUGCAUUGCUUGCCUCGGAGAACCUUCCACCAUAGGAAGGAACUUAGACCAAAAAAAACUUUUGCAAGAGUGAAAUAGGCACGAUGUAAUUAGCAGGUAAACAAAACGACGGUAUUAGCAGAUGCCGAAAGCUAAAACGACAAGAUUCUCUCUGCUCAGUCACAGGCCUGGCGGGAGCAAUUAAAAUAUUGUACUUGGAGCGCGCGGCAAGCCACUAGUCCACGUGAUUUGCUCGUGCGCUAGAUUGUAAAUUUUGCGCGACAUGCCUUUGCAUUGUCGCUCGCCUUUUCUUUCUCACGAUCCCGAUCGGAUCCGCUCAUGACGCGUGGCAUCUGAUGCAGCAUCAACGGCCCCAGUGAGCCUCCCGUACUUUUUCGGCGGAAAAAAGUGUUCAACUUAGUCCUUCUCUUCCAGACCAUUUUGACCAUUCCAACAAAUCACACAGAAAGAAAACUCUGCUUCUUCUUCCCCCAAAUUCCUCCGUCCCCCGCCAUUGCUAUAAAUCCCCGCGGCUCUCUUCUCUUCAAUCCUAUCAAACAAUCAAAAUCAAAAACUCUGAUCUCUCUCUCUCCAGUCUCCACCAAUUUCCAUCUCAAUCAGUUUCCUCCAGCCAAAAUGCACAAAGUGACUUCAACUUCGUCGCUGGGUCCGGGCGGCCUGGACCUAACCCAGUCCUUCUUCAAGCCGAUCCAGAACACGGCCCCUCCGUCCCCCACAAAGCGGCACACCAAGAUCUCCGUCAUCGGGGUCGGCAACGUCGGAAUGGCCAUCGCGCAGACCAUCCUCACCCAGGACCUAGCCGACGAGCUCGCCCUCGUCGACGCCGUAAAAGACAAGCUCCGCGGCGAGAUGCUCGACCUCCAGCACGCCGCUGCUUUCCUCCCGCGCACGCAGAUCCUCUCCUCUACCGAUUACUCCGUCACCGCCGGAUCUGACCUCUGCAUCGUCACCGCCGGCGCCCGCCAGAACCCGGGAGAAUCCAGGCUCAAUCUUCUUCAGCGGAACGUCGGCCUCUUUAAGAAGAUCAUCCCUCCAUUGGCCCAGCUUUCCCCCGACGCCAUUCUCUUGAUCGUUUCCAAUCCGGUCGAUGUGCUCACUUAUGUAGCGUGGAAGCUCUCCGGGUUCCCCUCGAAUCGGGUCAUCGGGUCGGGCACUAACUUGGAUAGCUCCCGGUUCAGGUUCUUGAUCGCUGACCAUCUCGAUGUCAAUGCCCAGGACGUCCAGGCGUACAUAGUGGGGGAGCAUGGCGACAGUUCAGUGGCGCUGUGGUCGAGCAUAAGCGUGGGCGGGGUGCCGAUCCUGAGCUUCCUGGAGAAGCAGCAGAUCUCGUGCGAGAAGGAGACGCUGGAGAGGAUCCACAAGGAGGUGGUAGGUUCCGCGUACGAGGUGAUCAGUUUGAAGGGUUACACGUCGUGGGCGAUCGGGUAUUCGGUGGCGAAUCUGGCGUUUUCGAUCCUGCGAAACCAGAGGAAGAUCCACCCGGUCACCGUAAUGGCCAAUGGGUUCCACGGCAUCGAAGCCGCUGGCGAAGGAGGGGAGGUGUUCUUGAGCCUGCCGGCUCUGCUGGGGAGAGGCGGCGCCUUGGCGGUGACGAAUGUGCACAUGACCGAGGAGGAGGUUCAGCGGCUGAGGGACUCGGCCAAGACUCUGCUCGAGUUGCAGAGGCAGUUGGAGGUUUAAGAUGAGAGUAGUAACUUGUAAGUCAUUUGGGAGAUUCAUGUGUACAUAUAACGAAACGAGGAGUUGCGUAGUUUGCAAGUGUUUCUGUCUCCCACGUCAUCCGUAGUUGGCUUUGGUAUUCCACGUAGUUGAGAAUGCUUUGAUCGGGGGAGUUUUUCUUUACAAGAAUUCAGUGAAGAAGAGAGUGCUUCUAUUCUAUGCCCUCUUUGAUAUGCUAAUGGGGUUGUUGUUAACGAUAGAGAAAUCAAAUGUGGACUGAAACACAUUAAAAAAAAAAUUGUACU